AUGGGAUACCCGCACAACUUCAAGAUUGCCACGAGGCAACUAACCAAGAACAUCUUGCUUGCGUCAACUGCAUUUUCGGUAUUCAAUGUCAUCAAUUUAGGUGCCCGCAUGGCUGUUUUCAAGUUCUCCACCACUGGCGCCCCCGUCAACAGCGCGGAAGCAGAUGCAUCUGAAACGGCACCCGCCUCGGGCAAAGCUGUAAUCUGGAGCCCCUUGCCUUACUCGCCGCAAGUGUUGGACGUCCUUAAAGACUUUUUAGGAGCUUCGUCGGAAGCAGACUUGGAUAUCGCGUAUAUCAUUGUGCCCGAUCGAGAACACAAUUUGAAUGCGUCCAAAUACAAGGAGAAAUUCCCCCAUGUCAAAAUCAUUGGCCCGGAAAAGAUCAAAAAAGUCGAGUUGGACAUUACCUUUACUGAAAAGGAGGGUAACAAGUUGAUAUCUGGUGGAUCCUUAGCGCAAUUGGUGGAUGGUGACCGCGUGAUUGUCGAUAACUUUGAGUUUGUCUAUUUGCCCCACCACUUUAACUCGGAGUUGGUCAUGUUUGAAAAGUCAAGCAGGGCCAUCUUUGAAGCGGACUUGCUAAUGAAUCUCGGAGUCAAUGAGCCCUUGGAGCAGUUCUCGCCCGCGACGGGGUAUGCUGAAACUUACAACCCGCAUGCGUGGUUUUCGUAUCUUACGAGAUAUAUGCAGCCAUAUUCCAAAGUUGGCAACUAUAUCCUCAACAAGGUGGUGAAUCGAACAAAGAGCCAGAGGGGCUUGGAAGCGAUUGCCGCGUGGGCGUUUGAUACAAUUGUUGUUUGUCACGGCAAUAUUAUCACCAAGGAUGCAAAAGGGGCGUUUAAGCACGCUCUUCUUAGUUGA